AUGAGAAAGGAGGAGAGUUGGAGACCGUGGCAAGUUUCCGUAAAAUUCAGCCACCUGCCAUUCAUGGUAUUGACGCCAUCGAAAAUUAUACCGGCUCGGUCGUCGCCGGGAUUACCAAGGGCCGCGCAGGCGGUUCGAGGACUGAGGCAGACCGCGAAAAGUCGGCGAUCAGAAUCUGCUCAUCGCCCUCUGCCAGCCGGGGGCGUAGCAGCACAACAACGACUGACGAAGACCGGCGGAACGACGACGAAGACACCAGUCAGUAGCGGAGUCGAUACCCCACCCCGACCGCAGUUGGACAGCGCUGUGUUCAUCAAAGUACAUCAAAUGAUUGAAGACAUUCGUCUGUCAGACCCGACCGAUGAAUCGAAAGAAGAGAUCGUCGAUCUGCAGGGCGGAAGCCAGCACAUAAUUCCCUAUAGGGCGAUUGCCCCUUACGUCAGAACAGGAGAAGUGACCCUGAUCUGA